AGAAAGAUCACGAGGGAAAAUAAGGCUAACAUUUUCGACAUCGCAUUUAGUAGUUGGGUUGCUUUGUUGCGUUACCAGUCCGAAUAUUUAUUGGGAAUUUGUCUCAGUUACUUCAUAAGUUAUCAGUUCAUUAAGUGAUAAAAUUAACAAAUUAUCAAGAUGUUUGAAGCAAGAUUAGUUCAAAGCGCAAUUCUGAAAAAAGUUUUGGACGCUGUAAAGGAUCUUUUAUCAGAAGCAACCUUCGAAUGUUCCGACUCAGGAAUCCAAGUCCAAGCCAUGGACAACGCUCACGUUUCCUUGGUCUCAUUAAAUUUAAGAAGCGAUGGAUUUGAUAAGUACCGAUGUGAUAGAAAUCUCUCAAUGGGAAUGAGUAUCCCGACUAUGGCCAAAGUUCUGAAAGGAGCCGGAGCUGAAGACACUGUAACUCUACGAGCGGCUGAUAAUCCUGACACAAUUACAUUUAUUUUUGAGCCAUCCGGCAAAGAAAAGUUAGCCGAAUAUGAGGUCAAACUCAUCAACAUGGACCAAGAACAUCUUGGAAUUCCGGAAACUUUUUACUCUUGUGUCGUCAAAAUGCCGUCAGCUGAAUUCGCUAAAAUUGUCCGUGAUUUGUCUCAGUUUGGUGAAACCGUAGCCAUUGCUUGUUCCAAAGAAGGAAUCAAGUUUUCUGCAGCUGGAGACUACGGAAGCGCAAACGUGAAGUUGGCACAAACAGCCGAUGACUCAAACGAAGAGGAGGCAGUAGUUAUCGAAAUGCAAGAAACAGUUAAACAAUCAUUCGCUUGUCGUUAUUUGAAUAGUUUCGUCAAGGCAACGCCUUUGUGUAGCCAAGUAGUUUUGUCCUUGUCAGCGGAUGUUCCUCUUGUUGUUGAAUACAAAAUAGGAGACAUUGGACAUAUCAGAUAUUACUUGGCGCCAAAAAUCGACGAGGAAGAAGAGAACUCAUAAAUUCUGCUGAUUGUAUUAGUAUUUUCUUUUUAAAGAAAUUCAUCAUUUCCUUAUCAUUGAGAUUAUCAAGUAUUAAAAUUUUGUUCUCAAUGAAUGUAUAAAUAAGAUUAAUUUUUUGAUUUACUUAAGUCGAUGUAAAUGAUUGAUUUCAAACGUCUCAGUGCCUUCAUAAAUAUAAAUAAAAAAAUGAAGAAUAAUAAAUAUUUUUCAAGACAAUAUAUUAUUCAAAUUUUACAUUUAAAAGUUAUUUGGCUUGUUGCUGUGCUAGAAGAGAAUAACGUAAGAUCGACGCUUGUUUUUGUAUAAUAAAUAAGAUCGUUAGAUCGUAUCAGUACGAAUUUUUUUCUGUUACACAUAAUUUUUUGUCAUCGAUAUUAAUUGUAAUUUCUUACUCUCUUCUUUUGUUAACAUGCACGUUUUCAUUUUUUUUUUUUUUUGUAACAUCUAAGAACUUAAUACAUUUUGGAAGAAAAAAAGUUAAA